UCGAGGCUCUUUUACAAAACUUGACUCCGAAGCAACAUUGAAAUAGUGUUCUGUUUUGGUGGUCUGCCUAAACUCUAUAUAGGCCUAUUCAGAUUUUUUUGUAUUCAUUUGUGACGGGAUUUCUCAACAAUGCGGAACAACGUAUAUUUCACGUUUAUAUCGAUGUUAUGGAGUUGCGGUCUGAUUCUUCCGACAUUGCAUUCUGCUACGGGUGAAUUGAGCUAUUCUUUUCCCGAGGAAAUGAAAAAGGGAUCUGUUAUUGGUAAUAUUGCUCAAGGCCUCGGCCUGGAUAGAGGCAGAUUGGCUGCUCGAAAGGCACAUUUUGACACUGAGGAGAACAGAAUGCAAUACUUUGACAUUAACGUGAACAAUGGGGAUUUGUCCGUUGCACACAGGAUUGAUAGAGAAUCGCUUUGCGGACAGAAACCUUCAUGCGUUCUGCAAUUGGAACUUGUUUUGGAAAACCCUUUGGAAUUACAACGCAUUAGUCUUCAUGUUCAAGAUAUUAAUGACAACUCCCCGCAAUUUCAAAAGGACGUAAUGAAAAUGGAAAUACAGGAAUCUACAAACAAAGGAACUCGAUUUUCUUUAGACGAAGCGCACGAUGCUGACAUCGGUGAGAAUGCCAUUAAGAGCUACUCUUUACAAAGUAAUGAACAUUUUAUUUUGAAUAUUGACACUCAACCAGUCGGACGAAAGCAUUGCGAGUUAGUGCUUGAAAAGGAAUUAGACCGUGAAACCGAACGAGAGAUGCAUCUGCUUCUGAUAGCGGUGGACGGCGGUUCUCCUCAGAGAUCAGCCACUGUUAGCAUCAACAUCGCUGUGCUGGAUGCAAAUGAUAACGCCCCGGUGUUCAGUCGGGCCGUCUACAAAGCCAUUCUACCAGAGAAUUCUCCUCUUGACACUAUAGUCAUAACGGUGAGUGCUUCUGAUGCCGAUGAAGGAGUUAACGGUGAAGUAAUGUAUGAACUGAAUCACGUCUCAGAAAACAGUAACGUAUUUUCCCUUGACCCAAAAUCUGGUGAAGUGCGAGUCGUUUCACCAAUCGACUAUGAGCAAGAGUCCAACUAUGAAAUUCGAAUCAGUGCAAAAGAUGGCUUUGGCCUAGCUUCAUUCUGCACGUUGAUCAUUGACAUAGCGGAUGUGAAUGACAACCCCCCUGUCGUCGCUCUAAAAUCCCUGGUCAAUCCCAUACAAGAGAAUGUCCUCCCUGGUACGGAGAUAGGCAUUAUUACGGUUCAGGAUAGAGACUCUGAUAUUAAUCGACAGGUGAAACUUUCCAUUCAGCCACACGCUCCUUUUAAGCUUGUUCCUUCCAUCAAAAACUACUAUUCAAUAGUGACUUCCGGCGAACUGGAUCGGGAAACGACGGCCGACUAUGACAUCACAAUCACGGCAACAGACGAGGGGUCUCCGCCUCUGUCUUCUUCAAAAGCAAUCCAACUGUCCAUCGCUGACGUCAACGACAACCCGCCUACGUUUGAGGAAAAGUCCUACAGCGUGUAUGUGGCGGAAAAUAACCAACAGGGUUCCACUUUGUGCUCGGUCACAGCCAGAGAUCCAGACUGGGGACAAAACGGCAAGGUCAUCUAUUCCCUCUUACCAAGUGAGGUGAAUGGUUACCAGGUGUCUUCCUUUCUAUCCCUCAAUGGAAACACAGGGAGAAUUCACACCGUUAGGUCAUUCGACUACGAACAGUUUAGGAGCUUUAAAGUCUAUGUAAUGGCACGAGACAACGGAUCUCCUCCGCUCAGCAGCAACGUGACUUUGAGUGUCUUCAUAACGGACGUAAAUGACAACACUCCUCAGAUACUUUACCCCGCCCCAGAGGGAAACUCCUUCAUGAAUGAACUGGUACCCAAAUCAACACACGCAGGUGCCUUGGUCUCCAAGGUGCUAGCAGUUGAUGGGGACUCUGGACAGAAUGCCUGGCUGUCCUAUCAGAUCAUUAAGUCCACUGAUCCGGGACUUUUCAAAAUCGAUCUGCACAGUGGGGCGAUCAGGACCCAGCGAGACAUUUCUGAUUCUGAUAGUACGAAACAGAACAUUGUGAUCAUGGUAAAAGAUAACGGACAGCCCUCCCUCUCGACCACCUGUUCCGUGUCCUUACUGAUUUCAGACAACAUGGCCGAUGUCCCAGAGCUGAAAAACAUGCAGUCCUACGAUGGCAAAAGCUCCAAACUGACUUCUUAUCUCAUUAUCGCUUUGGUGUCGGUGUCCACCUUCUUCAUCACCUUCAUCGUCAUCGUCCUUGGCGUGAGGUUUUGCCGCCGACGAAAACCAAGGCCGCUUUUUGACGGAGCACUGGCCUUACCCAGCGCCUACUUCCCCCCUAACUACGCUGAGGUGGACGCCAGCGGGACGCUACGUAGCACCCACAACUACGACACCUACCUGACCACGGGGUCGAGAACCAGUGACUUUAGGUUUGCGAGUUCUUAUACUGACAACACGCUACCGGCUGGCCCGACCCUGGUCAUGACUCCGGAGGAUUUAGCGGAUGUUUUUUGAGAGUCUGAGUUAAAACCAUACUUACCCUGGGGUUUAGCGCUGAGCAUUAUGCAAGGAGAUGUUAAGGCCUUCUGUGUGUGUCAAUGCCUUGUAUUGUUGUACAUAACGGCCUUGUUCAUAUGCAGUGUAGGCCUACGCGCUAUGGGAUCUUGAUACCCCAGAUGUGAUACAAAGAUGUUGAUUGUAAAAGCAGAUUCAUCCAAUCAUAUAAUAUUCAUGAUACAUUUUUUUGUAAUUAAUAUCAGUUAUUUGAGUAUAUUUUAGGGCUAUUGUAUUGAUAAUUUUAGAGGUAUUUCUAUUGUUUUUAUUUUUUAUUUUUUAUUUGUUUUAUUAUGAUCACACAGUUUCAAGUUUCAACAAGUAUUACUAAAUUGUGUUAGCGUGUUCUCGUUAACUCUGAACCAUAAUUGUGUUAAAGUACAAUGAAAGCAUGUGGACUGUAGUUGUUAAUCUUUCUCAGCUCAUCAUUUCUC